UAAACUAAUAAUAUUGCAUUACUGAACAACAUUUUUAAAGGCUAAAACGAGUUGUUCAUUUGCUUAAAUAAAUUCUACAUUUAUUUGUUAGGAUGUCACACAUUAAGGAAGAUAACAGUUACGUAAUCCAUGGUCCAGAACCUGCGGUACCAUUAGGUCUACAAACGGUUGGAAAUGAAAUUUUAAAAACCCUACAAUCGUUGCCACAAGGCAGACUAGCUAUGAUAGAUGCAUUUACUGGGGAAAAAUUGUUAUCGAGCCAGCUCUUGCAAAACGCCAUAAAUUUAGCCACGGCCCUUAAGUUUCACGGGUACUACGGCCAAAGUACCGUUUUAUCAAUUAGCAGCUCGAAUUCUUUGGAUUUUUUCGUGCCUAUUCUGGCAUCGUUCUUCAAUGGAACAAUUAUGGCACCACUAAAUCACACUUACACCCCUUACGAGCUAAAUCACGUAAUACGAAUCGGGUGUGCCAAAGUGAUAUUUUGUUCCGAAGAGGUGCUGCCUAAAUAUGUGGAACUUAAGAAGUCAGUGGGAUUUAUUGAAAGAAUUGUGUCGUUGAGUUCAAAUGUUUCUGAGGAAUUUAGGGAAGAUGUGGAAACUUUAAAGGAAUUUGUGUCUCGUGCCUUAAAGGGAGCAAAUGCCAGAAUGGAGACUUUUGAGGUUUACCAGGGAAAAAGUGAUAAGACGGCAGCUUUAAUAUUGUGCUCGUCUGGUACCACUGGAUUACCUAAAGGGGUGGCUCUGUCACAUUUAAAUUUAUCUGUACGAAUAUCUCAUAGCAGGGACCCUCAAUACGUUCCAUCGACCUACCAAAAUGUCCUUGGUCUUAUGCCAUUUUUUCACGCUUUUGGUCUCCUAACAACCUUCUCUGCUUUGCUAAAUGGUCAAACUGUCAUAUGCCUCAAACACUUUGACGAGGAUGUUUUCCUAAGAUCUAUUCAAGAUUACAAAAUAAAAAAUUUAACACUAGCUCCUCCUUUGGCAGUCUUCCUUGCUAAAUCACCGAAAGUACUGAGGUACGAUUUGAGCAGCAUCACCGACGUAUAUUGUGGGGCAGCACCUUUGAGUGCCAAUACUGAAGAGGAGGUCAAACAAAGACUUAAGUGUGACGCGGUACGUCAAGCUUAUGGCCUAACCGAAACCACAUUGUCUGUAACCCUGGUGGGUCGAAAUGAAGCAAAACGGGGAUCGUGUGGAAAAGUGAUGUCGUUCAUCUCUUGUAAAGUGCGAGAUCCAGAAACUGGACGCUCGUUAGGACCCAACCAAGUCGGAGAACUUUGCUGGAAGGGUCCUUCUAUGAUGAUGGGUUACUACAAAAACGAAAAAGCCACUAAAGAAAUCUUUACCCCUGAUGGAUGGCUUAAAAGUGGCGAUCUAGGCUAUUAUGACGAGGAAAGGUACUUCUACAUUAUCGACCGCUUGAAGGAACUUAUCAAAUAUAAAGGCUACCAGGUGGCUCCAGCUGAACUAGAAGCCAUAAUAUUAAACCAUCCAGCAGUCAUUGACGUGGGAGUAGUAGGACUUCCAGACGAGAGAGUGGGAGAACGACCAUUGGCUUUCGUUGUUAAAAAAGAGGAUGCCGAUAUUACUGCUGAACAAUUAAAGAAAUAUGUUGCAGAUAUGGUGUCACCCCAAAAACGGUUAAGCGGGGGCGUGGUGUUUGUAGACUCUAUUCCAAAGAACCCUAGUGGCAAGAUAUUGAGAAGGCAGCUACGAGAAUAUUUAAAAAAAUAUAUCACAAAAGCAAAAUUAUAAUUUAUAAGAAGAAAGUAGUUGUUAAAUUUAAUCCAUAUAAUCCUAAUAAUAAACUAAAUAUUUCAAUUA